AAGGAAGGGUUAAUCCAGUCUGGGGUGACGUCACGUCCUCAUUAGCAUAAAAAGGGGGCUCUAUAAGUGGGCCGGGAGGGAGGGGCCCCUGGUCGAUUGCCUUCUGGAGCAGCUGCUGCGAGGAUCGGAGCCUUGGGUGCCACUGAUUAAUCUGCAAAUAUGUCUGACAAACCAGAUAUGGCUGAGAUUGAGAAAUUUGACAAGUCUAAGUUGAAGAAGACGGAAACGCAAGAGAAGAACCCACUGCCUUCAAAAGAAACGAUUGAACAGGAGAAGCAAGCGGGGGAAUCGUAAUGAAACCAGCCCUUCCAAAUUAUGCACUGUACAUUCCACAAGCAUUGCCUUCUUAUUUUACUUCUUUUAGCUGUUUUAACUUUGUAAGAUGCAAAGAGGUUGGAUAAAGUUUAAAUGACUGUAUUGCCCCUUUCACAUCCAAAAAACAAAAAAAAAAACCCACAAAAGCCAAGAAUAGAGAAGAACUACUGACGCUGAAACGAAGGCGCUGUCCUUUUCCAUCUUGCCUGUCCAGCUUUGGUCUUGGUGGCACGAAAAGAGCUUGCAUGUUUCUUGAAAGAAGAUCCUGGGAAAGGGACUACAGUAAUCUAGUAACACCUGAAUAAUACGCAAAGCUGUAUCAAGGUCCUGCGAGCUGUAUAAAAUGCAGUUAAUCGAGUGCCAUUUUUUUUUUGUUCAAAUGAUUUUAAUUAUUGGAAUGCACAAUUUUUUUAAUAUGCAAAUAAAAUGUUUUAAAACCUGGA